ACUUUAUAACGGGAGGUGUCUCCGUUGUCUCCGUUUGCAUGCCAUGAACUCUAACAAUUCUUAGACGUCAUUUUUCCUGUAGGGGAUUGACUUCGACCGUGCGCUUUUGGCUUUGGCCUUGGCUUUUAUCAGCUGACGAGGCACUUGCGAGAGGAGAGAGAGUAGUGUGUGUGGGAGGCAAAACAAAAGUUUAUCGGAGUUGUUUUGGGGGCCUUUGUCCUCGGGUGGCUCAUAAUUCGCAUUCUGCCUAUUCGGGUUGUUUGUGGAUGUUUUUGUAUUUUGCCGUUAUCUUGUAAUUUUCUAGGUCCUGCCCGUUCAGCAUUUUAUCACACGACCUCAACCUCGAAACUAACGAGCUCAAACUUCGGCUUGAGGAGUUUCCGUUUUGGCUUCAGCUUGGGUUCAGACCUUAGUUCAGAAUCCCUUCAUAAAUUUGGAAGCAUUGGUAUUAGGCAGCCUCUGUCCGCGACCACGAUGCACCCGGAGCCGAUUGUGGCCGCCGAGUUCCCGGUGGCGGGUCUGGUGCCCAAGCGGGAGACGGGCGUCAGCAGCCUGCACCAGCUGUACCCAGAGCUGGACGGCAGGGGCGUCACCAUCGCCAUCUUCGACAGCGCCAUCGACCCGGCCGCGCCCGGACUGCAGCGCACCUCUGACGGCCGUCCGAAGGUGGUGGACCUGAUCGACGCCACCGGUGCCGGAGAUGUGGACACCACGCACGUGGCGGAGCUGCGCGACGGAGUGCUCAACGGCCUGUCGGGCAGACGGCUCAAGGUACCGGCGGGAUGGGAGUGUCCCACGGGCAAGUUUCACCUGGGCGUGAAGCCUUUGUACGAGCUGUACCCGGAGAAGCUGCGAAAACGUGUACAGGCCGAGUACAAGGACAAGCACUGGGUCAAGUACCAGGCGGCCGCUCUGGCAGAGGCCCUCAGUCGACAGCAGGAGCACGAGCAGGCGCACCCGAACCCCACCGGUCUGGACAAACAGGACAGGGAUGACCUGGACGCGCGUCUGGAGGCGCUCGCUGCUGCCGACAAGGCCUUCAAGGAUGUCGGCCCCGUGCUCGACUGUGUGGUCUUCCAUGAUGGUAGCACCUGGAGAGUGUGUGUGGACACCUCCCUGGAGGGUAACCUAGGCCAGUGUCCUCUGCUGGGCAACUUCCGCGAGACGCUGCAACACGGCUACCUCAGUCGGCGCUGCAUGAUGGCGUUCGGUGUCAACGUCUACAGCGACGGCAACCUGCUAUCCAUCGUUACACCGUCUUCCAGUCACGGUACCCACGUGUCUGCGAUCGCCGCCGCCUGCUUCCCGGACGCCCCGGAGAAGAACGGCAUGGCCCCCGGCGCCCAGAUCGUCUCCAUCAACAUAGGUGACGGCCGGGUGGGCACCAUGGAGACGGGUACGGCCAUUGUGCGCGCCAUGUCCCACCUGAUGACGUGCUCCGCCCACUACACCGUGGACCUCAUCAAUAUGAGCUACGGAGAACACUCGCGCUGGAGCGACUCCGGCCGUCUGGGUGAGCUGGCCAACGAGCUGGUCAACAAGCACGGCGUUAUCUGGUGCGCGUCCGCCGGUAACGCCGGCCCGGCGCUCAACACCAUCGGCGCGCCGCCCAACUUGCCGGCGGCCACCCCCGGAACCAUACUAGGGAUCGGCGCGUAUGUGACACCACCGAUGAUGGAGGCGUGCUACGGCAUGCGCCAGUGUGUGCCCACCAUGCCCUACACGUGGACAUCGCGCGAUCCGUCCGGAUCGUCCGGGGGUCGGUACAUCACGGUCUGCGCUCCUGGCUGCGCCAUUACCAGUGUGCCCAACUACACACUGCAGGGCUGUGAGCAGAUGAACGGGACCAGCAUGGCGGCUCCCAACGCCACCGGAUCCAUCGCGACGCUGCUCUCGUGUCUGAAGGGCCUGGGCAUGGAGUACUCUGUGUACAGCGUGCGGCGGGCCAUCAUGGCCACGGCUGAGACCAUGAACACGCCCGGAGCCGACCCGUUCGCAGUCGGCAGCGGCAUGCUACGGGUGGACAAGGCGCUGGAGCAUCUGAAGCAGCACCACUGCAGCGUAGACAAGGACGUCACAUUCAUAGCCACAGUCGCUCCAAACGAGGCUCACGGCAUCUAUUUGCGGGACGGUGUGGACCUGCGUAGUCGCGUUAUUGAGCGCGCCGUCUCCGUGAAGACGCAGUUCGUGAACCAGGACGCCGCUGACCCGGUGAAGCAGAUCAACUUCUCUCUGCGCUGCGUGCUUACUUGCGAGGCCAGCUGGGUGCAGGUGGCCAAAUACGUGCAGCACAUGAACUCGACACGCAACUUUGCCGUCAAGGUGGACGCGCGCAGUCUGCCCGAGGGCGUGCACGCUACCAGUAUCCGGGCGUUCGAUGCCGACCAGCCGGAGCGCGGCGCCCUGUUCGAGGUGCCGGUGACGGUGGUGGUACCCAUCCAGCUGGACGCUGCUGACCCGCAGCUGGAGAGGACGCUCUCUCUGCAGCCCGGGCAGCUGCAGAGGCUGUUCAUCCAGGUGCCCGACGCGGCCAGCUCGGCAGCUGUGACGCUUAAGUCGCUGGAGCAGGAGAAGGACCACCGGUUCGUGAUCCACGCGCUGCAGGCCGUCCCCCACAUGUCCAGCAAGAGCUGCGAGUUCUACAAGAUGGCCGGACUCGCGCCCGGCACAUCCUACAGCGAGACAUUCAAAAUCGAGGGCGGCCACAUUCUGGAGGUGGUGGUCUGCAAGUACUGGACCAGUCUGGGCUCUGCGGACGUCAGUGUGACCGUCAGUCUGGACGGCCUGCGCCCGUCGGCGCCCACCCUGGCCAUGACGGCCGCCGAGGUGCUGCGACUGGACGUGUCGGACGCGCUGCGGGCCACAGAGAUGGCGGCCCCCAGCGUCAUACUGAAGGGGCAACUGUGCACGUACAGGCCGUCGUCGGCCAAGGUGGCUCCGCUGGUGGACGACCGGGACAAGCUGCCCGACGGACGCGUCAUCUACGGACUGACGCUCACCUACGGAUUCAACGUGGCCAAAGGCGGAGAGGUCACACCCGACUUCCAGUUCCUGAGUGACACCCUGUACGAGUCCGAGUUCGAGUCGCAGAUGUGGAUGCUGUUUGACUCUAACAAGCAGUUCAUCGCGGCAGGAGACGCCUAUCCGUCCAAGUACUCUGUCCGGGUAGAUAAGGGGGAGUACACUCUGCUGAUGCGGAUCCGCCACGAGAAGAGAGAGCUGUUGGAGAAGCUGAGCGACCUCUCGCUUCAGAUCACCUUCAAACUCUCCAGCGAACUCAAGCUGGACACGUACUACCGGUACAACGACGCUCUGACGGGCACCCGGCGGGCGGGCACGGCCCAGAUGCGGCCCGGUCUCCGGCUGCCGCUCUACGUGGCGCCCCUGCCGCUCAGCAACAACAACCGGACGUCGAAGCUGUCGCUGUCGGCCGGCCACGUCCUGGUGGGCAACCUGACGCUGCAGCCGACCCGCGCCGCCAACGACAAGGCGGGUCAGUUUCCAUUCCGCUACAUGAUUCCGGACGUGCCGCGCAAGAGCGGCGCCUCGAAGCCCGACAAGGAGAAGACCUCCAAGCAGGACGAGUACCAGAACGCCCUCAAGGACUUCAAGAUCAUGUGGAUCGGCCGGCUCGGAGCCGGCGGCGGCGACACGGCGACAGCCCUGCUGGAGGAGGUGCUGGCUAAUGGAGAGCGGCUGGACCGGAUCCUGGCCAACAGCGCCAAACUGCAGACGCUAGAUACCAUGCAGGAGAAGGACGCGGCUGAGAUCGUCCGCCGCGCGGACGCCGUCAUCCAGGACGUGGACCGGGCCCGUCUGCUCACCUACUACGGACGAAAGAACGCCAGCACCGAGGAUCAGUCCGUCAAAAAUGACAUGGAGCGGGAGCGGUCGGCUCUGCUGGACGCCAUCUCCCGCAAGGGUGUCGUGCUGUGCGAGUGCGCUGAGCGCAAACAGCCGGCUGACGUCUUCUCCAUGGCCACCCUGGCCAACAUCCAGGAUCUGAUGAACUCGGCACUCGAGUUCGCCGAGCCGACAGAUGCCAAGCUGCUGCCGUUCUCGGUCCGUCACGCGGUGGCGCACGGCCGGUUCGGUCUGGCACUGCGCUACCAGCAGAAGAUCGCUGACGACAGGCCGUCGGUCGAUAACGAACAGAAGGUCUGCGAGCUGUACAACAAGCUCGGCUGGAGCUUCCUGUCGGACCACCUGGCACGCAGUCGCACGGUGCGCUUCCCCGCCCAGUACCGGCCCAUGUAGACUAGCGGAGCCGCCGUCCGGGGUAGCCAGGUUGGGUGGCCGCUGAGGACCUCUGGUGUCACUCUGGCGGCCCAGAGGCGUCGGGCAGACUAGCGUUGUGGUCUGCAGGUCCGUCGUCCUUCGAGUCCAGAGAGGCGACUUGGCGGUACAAUCCCGUGUCGAGCGGCAUUGCCGAGUGCCGGGCUCACCCUCACUGGUCGCCAGGUUCCGUCGGGAUGGACGGUGGCUGGUGGCCUGAUUGGCCCGUGCCGCCGGCGAAAGUCCAGUCCGCUGGACAGGGCGACGCGCAGACAUUGGUUGUAACCGGAGAGGGUUCGUCCGUUCAGAUCUGGUUCACACUGUGCUCGGACUGAGGCGAUACCGAACGGAACUGGAGGGAGCACGACAGGAGGUGGCAGGGCGGCCGGCGCGGGCCGAACUUUCGAGUAUUUUAUUCUGGAGGGAUGGUCCUACCAUGCCGGCGCGUCUGUGUGUGGGUGUGAAUGUGGUGUGGUGGUCGCGAGGUGCCGGGGUUUGUCGAUGUUUUAAGCAUGGGACGAUCUGUUCGAGCGAUUGUGUUCGUUUAAGAUACUUACGACAGUGGUUUUUUAGCUGUUGAUGCGGUCGGCAGUGGAAGUCGAGUGGUGUUGUACGCGAAUUUCGCGCGCUGGGCGGUGCCGCCCGCUAUAGGAAAUAUUAUCUGCUUCUUUCUGGGCGCUCUACGCGAGUGAUUAUUAUAAUCCGUCUAAUGACAGACCAGGGCAUCUCACUCUGAGGGACUGCCCCGCAGUCGCCAGCAGAGCAGGCGCCGGUGCCCGGGGCUCUGGGCUGGUGCUCAGACCCGUGGCCGCGCCUGGAGAAAAGAUCAGAACCCAGAACAUUCAUACUACAUGACACUGAACAUGGUGCCGUGCCGUUCAAAUGUUGCCUGUGUAUAGACUGAAUAAAGCUGAGGCAUACCA